UCGUCCGGAAAUUCUUGUUCCACGUCAUAUCGUUCGAUCUCCACGCUCGUCGGUGUGCUCGAGUUCCUUUGAUUUUUGUAACUCUUUACUUUGCUAAUGGAUUGUUCUCUCGAGAAUGUUCUCGCAAAGAUCGUGCUAUUUCUCUCAACUAUCGAGAUCACAUCCAAUUUUGAAGCUUAUUGACAUUUAUGAUCGCCAGUCGUUUAUACGAGUAUACGUUUUGGACAAUGUUUACAUGUGUAUCUUGAUGUAUAUUUUGUUCUACGUAGCAGUAUGGUAUGCUAAUAACAUAAUAAAGCGAAUUGAAAGAUCAAAUCGGGAGAUGUCAACGACAGUUGCAGAGAACAAGACGAAAUUAGAUAGAUUGGUUUUAUUAAAAAAAAAGAAGGCGGAAUUCGAAGAAACAAUCGUAAAAACGACAGAUGCUCAGAAAGUGACUACAAAACACUUAGAAGAUGAAAUGCACAGGCUUAGCACGGAAUUAAUCACAACAUCCAACAAAAUUACUGGAUUGGAAAAAGUGGUUGAAAAAAUGGUUUUUAGUACAAAUACCCGGACAAAUUACUUAGCUCAGCCGACGCUAUCAGGGAUGAAUGUCCGAAAGAGUUCGAAGGGGUCACGAGUCCGUUCGAGAAGUUCAAGAUUCUCGAACCGUCAUUUCCACCAUCUGUACCACCGGAACCACCGCCUCGGAAAUAUGGAAUCUUUGUCAGUAGACCGCCUGGGCGGAGAGCGUCGUCUGCAGCUGCACCUGCGACUCCGCUGCCAAAAAUCGGAUUCAAAUAACAGCGCCUCUGCAGAAGCUUCUUCCGAAUCUGUUAAUCAAUACCCUACUAAUAAACUUCUUUCGCGAUACAAUUAUCAUGAUGGUGAUCGAAAAAGACAUCCUAAAUGGCUGUAUACAAAGACACACUCGAGACGCUCUUCUUGUUGUAAUAUGUGUAAGAUUCAGAUGGCUUCUUUGAAAAAUGUCACACCUUUUACGAAAUCAUUGUUAGGAUUGGCUACUAUCUUUCUCCGUGGAUAUCCAUAAAAACAGAAUAUUUGAAUGCAUUAGUGAAUCAAAGACAA